AUGGAAUGCCAGAGUGUCACCGAGAUCUUGGACAUUGUGACAGAGGAGGCCGCCAUAAUGACUGGCGCAAAUGCCUCUCUGGCCCUCAUGCGCCUGGUCAACCUAUCCAAAUCGCAGCUGCAGCAGCUGCGAAGCAGACCAGAAUGCACGAAGUUCCUGAGUGUUCUCGAACAGCACAUUCAUGAGCUGGGGCCAAAGUACAACCCGGGCAAAGCUCUGCUUGAUGGCAUUGCAGCAGCUGCUUCUGCCCGCCUUCAUGAGUUCCAGCCGCAGGGGAUCUCUAUGCUUACAUGGGGCUAUGGGAAGCUUGACCAUGCGCCUGCUGGCGAUCUGCUGGACCAGAUUGCUCAUGCCUUGGAGCUGGACGUGUCCGUGUACCGCCAUCAGGCUGUGGCAAACAUGUUCUAUUCUUUUGCGCGCCUGCAGAAGGACAGCCCCACCCUCUGCGCUGCAGUAGAAACGCAUGUCACAGACCACGCCGAGGACUUCUCUCCGCAGGAAUUGAUGAACAUCCUGUGGGCUUUUGUGAAGUUUCGCUUUGUACCAAAGCAAUUCAUCGCGGCACUGCUGGAGUAUGUUCUUGAUGAGGACAGAGCUCGUACAUUCCGCUCCUCAGACUGGGCUGCUCUCAUAUGGGGCCUUGCAUCUCUUGGCGUCUCUGUUCCAGCAGAGCCCAUGGCAGCCAUCAACAAGGCUGGUCUGCAGCAUCUGCCCAGCAUGACUGCGCCCGAGCUCUGCAAUGUGAUGUGGGGCCUCAGCAUCUUGGACGAGUGCAAUCAGCCGAUAUUUGUGGAGAGCAUGAGCCAGCUGCUGGAGAACAAACAGCAAACUGUCUUGGAGCCCCGCCUUCUCAGGCAGCUGCUGCAGGCUUCAGCUCUGGCACAGGCAGCUGACGUGUCUGUCAGCCUGCCGGAGCCAGUGCACAAGGCGGCUGCCAAGUGGUGGCGCGCCACAGCAAAUACAGUGCCCUCUCUCACCCAUGACGGCGUGUCACGCACGCUGAAGAAUCUGGGCGUGAAGCACAGGGUCCUGGUCUUCCUUCAGGAAGGCCUCCCCACCGUGGACAUUGCAUUGGAGGCUUGGGGAGACCAGCCGAAAGUAGCAAUCCAGGUUGUUGGGCCACACGAAGUGUCGACCAACACAAAUACGCUGCUGGGGCGUGCGACAGCAGAGGCCCGCUUGCUUUCUGCCAGUGGUUGGCGCCCCUUCCACGUCGUUGUGAGCACAUUCUCAGACCCAGCCAGUCAGCAGACGCGCAAGAUCGUGAGCCAGCUGCAGAAGCAGGGCUUGCAGCCGGGACAGCUUUUCAGGAACAGGAGGACCUACAGCGAUGGCAGAACCGAGAGUGCCUCUGGGUACAAGUGA